AUGGUGCGUCAGCAGAAGAUUGCCAGGUCGAUAGUUUACGCGAUUCUUGAGAACAAUGGAGCAAAGGCGCGCUCGCUGCUUGCUCGGAUUUUGACGGCCAUCGCGUAUCUCUUUGCGCUCUACCAACUAUCAUUGACUAAACAUCGCAAUGAUCUCUUUGAAAGACUACGCGAACAGUGGCAGGUGGAUGAAGAAUAUUACAAGGACAGUUUUGGCCAGAGAAACGGCCUGAAGCCGAAUGGCGACAUGGGAUUCUCGGGAAGCACCUUCUACACGACUGGAGACGGAGCAUAUCUGGUGAAAAGUGUUCCCCGGGGGUUUGAGCAUUCGUUCUUCCGUGACGAGUUUCUGGAACCUUAUUACAACCACAUGAUACAAUACACCAAGUCAUUGCUCAUUCGAAUUACUGACUUCCUCGAAUGGUCACGCUUUGGUAUUGGUGGUCUGCUUGGUACUGCACCAACACAUCAUAUCAUCAUGGAGAACCUUCUGAUUGGCAAGGAAAAGGAUAGCACAUCGAAAUGGGAGACUUGGGACCUAAAGCCUACGUCGUAUUUCUUCCCGGAGCGAGAUAUCGCGAAUGGCAAGCUUACCUCUGACGCCACUAAAGACCGUUUAGCAGACAAGUUCGAGGACAAGAUUGUUCUGACUCAGUCUCAGGCUGAUGACCUCUUUGAACAACUCUCGGGAGAUACCGCACUGCUCGAACAGUGCAACGCGGUCGACUAUUCCCUGUUUCUGGUCAGGAUCCCGCUUAGCAAUGCUGACGACUCAUCUGCAUGUCAAAGCCAGGAGACAGCUAUCGAACAAUCAAAGAGACCUCCUUUUGUGCCACCAAUGGAUUCGUGGCGUACCGGUGUGUAUUCUGCUGAUCAGAAGUUCGUGUUUCGUGCUGCCAUUCUCGACUUCUUCUGGGCUAAGCAUAAGCUGCAACCAAGGGUCAUGACAUGGUUGAUAAAAGCAUGGAAUCUGAUUGACCGUCAAGGACAUAUGAGCAUCACCACAACCCCUGCUGAAUAUCGCCAGAGAUUCCUUUCAAUGUGUCAUGAGAUGAUUGAGAUCAGGAACUCAAGCUAG